ACUUGGCCCUCUGCUCCUCCCAUUCUACGGACAGCCGGUCUCUGGUGCUGCGCCAGCCGCGUCAUCGAGACACCGUGGGGAAGGUGCAGGUCGGAGUGAAUGGAUUUGGCCAUAUCAGGCGCCUGGUCACCAGGGCUGCUUUUAACUCUGGCAAAGUGAAUAUUGUCGCCAUCAAUGACCCCUUCAAUGACCUCAACUACAUGGUGUACAUGUUCCAAUAUGACUCCACCCACGGCAAGUUCCACGGCACCGUCAAGGCUGAGAACCUGAAGCUUGUCAUCAAUGGAAGUCCUAUCACCAUCUUCCAGGAGCGAGAUUCCAGCAAAAUCAAAUGGGGCGACACUGGCGCUGAUUACAUGGUGAAGUCCACCGGUGUCUUCACUACCUUGGAGAAGGCUGGGGCUCACUUGCAGGGGGGAGCCAAAAGGGUCAUCAUCUCAGCUCCCUCCGCCGAUGCCCCCAUGUUUGUGAUGGGUGUGAACCACGAGAAAUACUAGAACAAGCUCACGAUUGCCAACAACGCCUCCUGCACCACCAACUGCUUAGCCCCCCUGGCCAAGGUCAUCCACAACAACUUCGGCAUCAUGGAGGUACUCAUGACCACCAUCCAUGCCAUCACUGCCACCCAGAAGACUGUGGAUUGCCCCUCUGGGAAGUUGUGGCGCGAUGGCUGCGGAACUCUACAGAACAUCAUCCCAGCGUCCACCAGAGCUGACAAGGCUGUAGGCAAGGUCAUCCCUGAGCUGAACCGGAAGCUCACAGGCAUGGCCUUCCGUGUCCCCACCGCCAACGUGUCCAUCGUGGGCCUGACCUGCCGCCUGGAGAAACCCGCCAAAUAUGACGACAUCAAGAAGGUGGUGAAGCAGGCAUCCGAGAGCUCCCUCAAGGGCAUCCUGGGUUACACUAAGCACCAGGUUGUGUUCUCUGACUUUAAUAGAAACACCCACUCUUCCACCUUUGAUGUUGGGGCUGGCAUUGCCCUCAACAACCACUUUGUCAAGCUCAUCUCUUGGUAUGACAAUGAAUUUGGCUAUAGCAACAGGGUGGUUGACCUCAUGGCCCACAUGGCCUCCAAGGAAUAAGAUCCCCCAGACCACCAGCCCCAGUGAGAUCACAGAGGAAGAGAGAAGCCCUCAGCUGCUGGGGAGUCCCUGACCACACUGAGAACCUCUCCUCCUCACAUUGUCC